ACAAAGGUGUCAUUCAGAAAGAAAAAGGCAGGCCCGUAUAUGUUGACAGCGUAAUUAGUAAAUAAUAACAGCUUUAUUUUUAUUGAUUUCAAUGGCGAGUUCGAAGCUCCAGGCUCUAUGGAAUCACCCCGCUGGCCCUAAAACCAUUCACUUUUGGGCACCAACGUUUAAGUGGGGGAUCAGUAUAGCUAAUGUUGCCGACUUUGCUAAACCUCCUGAGAAGCUUUCGUAUCCCCAGCAAAUAGCGGUCACAGCUACUGGAGUUAUCUGGUCACGUUACAGUGUUGUUAUCACGCCGAAGAACUGGAACCUUUUUAGUGUAAAUGUUGCAAUGGCAGGAACAGGCAUUUAUCAACUUUCACGAAAAAUAAGGCAUGACUACUUUAAAGGGGAAGAAGCUGCUGUAGCUAAGGAAUAGAUAUAGAAUCUUUUCUGUUUGUAUAUCAGAGUGGUGGAUUCAGAUAGGUUUUCCUACAGUAAAAAUUUGUUUGCAGAGACUGAUGCUCGUCUACUUUACUUUGAAUUGGGUUGGCAUAUGGAGUAGAUACAAAACGAUGUUUUAUUGCUGCCUUUGACUAUACAUGACUACUAUUCAUGAUCUUUGAUGGCUUAUAAAUAGGCUCAAUAUUGCCAUUUAAAUUUUAA